AUGACCAGCCGGCUCGAUCGUCUUUUUGUGCUCCUAGAAAACUGUCCAAAUGCAUCUUUAAGGGCUGCGGCUGCUGAGCAACUUGGAGAGGUUGCAAAGAAUGCCCCAUCAAAUAUUGACUAUGUGUUUACACGUCUUGUUCCCUUGUUGCGACACAAAAAUUGGGUUUCUCGUGUUGCUGCCUCAGAUGCUAUUCGUGCUAUUGUUCAUCACUUACCGGAAUGGGAUCCGAUUUUAGCUCGUUCAAAUGACAAAGAUGAUCAGGCAAUUUCAACCGAUGGUUUCCUGAGUCUAAACGAACUUCGCCUAGAUCGUGUUCUCGCUCAAGGUGCUCGGUUGUACAGUAUGGAUGCUCGAGAGUUGGAUAAGACCAAUAAAAGAUCUUAUAUUGAACGGUGUAAAAAGAAUGAUGAAAACACAGUGGAAUGUGAUUCAUGGGAGCAUCAAACAGAAACGUACUCCCCCCAAACCUUACCAUCAGUGCAACGCCAAGAAAUUAAUAGUCGUUUGGGUUUGGAGAGCGAUAGUUUGUUGACCCAAGUUCUGGAAACUCACGCAGACGUAUCGAUUAAUAAGUGGAUAACACCUGAUGAUUUGGCUGAUGAAGCACAACCUGGAUUUGUCCAGUUGGAUGUAGAGACUUGUGUUCGAAGUACUUACGUUUCCGCAGCUACUGCUUCUGAUCCGCAGAGGAAAAGAUCUAGUCCUUGCCAAUCACCACCUCAUUGUGAUGCUAAACGUACUAAACUUGAAUCGCAAACUGAAAUUCCAUCAGAACGGUUAUUUGCACACUGGCCGCUGGAUAAAUUGUGUACUACACUUUUGGGUGAUUUAUGGGCAUUACGUUGGGAGACACGUCAUGGAGCAGCUGCUGGUCUACGAGAGCUGCUGUCCGAGCCAAGACAUACAAGACAGGCAGGGAAAUAUAUUGGUCAAACUCAAAGACAGAUGCAAAGUAGUCAUCGUCAGUAUUUAGAAGAUAUUGUAGUUCGAGUACUUUGUACGCUUGCCUUAGACCAGUUGUCUGAUUUUAUUUCAGAUGAAGUUGUAGCCCCAGUACGUGAAACCGCUGCUCAGUUGUUGGGUGUAUUAUCAUUACACUUGACAGCUGAACAAGUGCUGUUGAUAGCAAAACACUUGAUAUACCUUGUGUCAUUAAAUGAUGAUACAGUAGCUCAGUUAUGCAAUAAUAUACCUUGUCAGAAAGAGAAUACAAACACUUCCAAGAAUAGUUGGAUGAUAGCUCAUGGUGGACUACUAGGUAUCAAGUAUUUACUGGCUUCAAGAAAGGAUCUGAAGGAUGUAUUAUUACCACAUGUUGCACCAUGUUUAAUCAGUCGAUUAUUUGGUAUACCAAUUUCAACUGAUCAUGAGACGUCUAGUCAACAUAAUCUAUCAUCGAGUGCAAGUGUUGUUGUAGAUGAUGAAGAUAUACGUGCCGCGGCUGGUUCAGCUUUAUUGCCAAUUAUUGAUACAGUUUGGAUUGAAUCGCUUAGUCAAUAUGAGUAUAAUUUGUUUGUAAAUCAUGUUUGGUCAUUGAUUCGUAAAACACCAUCGGAUCUGUCACCGUCCACAGGACCAGUGCUCAGUUUGAUUUGUGCAUUGACUAAGGCUGAAUGUGAGGGAAAACACCUUAUGAGACGGUAUGACAGCGCAUUCAAAUCAAACGAGGAUGUUAGCAUUUAUCAAAUUGAUACAAGUACAAAGAUAGUGAUAAUCGCAAAAUUGUUACACCAUGUAUCUUCGUCUAUUCGUCAGAGUGCUUUAAACACCCUACAGUGUGUGAUUGAAUCGUGUGAACAUCAGGCUGCCAGCUUAUCAGUAGAUACACUAUACAUAAUAUUGGAUAAUUUAUUCCAACGUAUAUUAUUAGAACCUUGUGCAACAAUACGUGCCCUUGUUACUAAUCUUAUAAUUGAAAUUAUUAACUCUGCACAAAUGGAUUGUCUUGUACAAGCGAGUAUUCGACGUUUAGAUGUAUGGUUGUGCCAAGUAAUGCAACCAACUGGGAUUCCUUAUCCGAAUAAAUUUUUAGUACCUUGUUUACAACAAUUUGAUUCAAGUGUGCAGGUAUCCUCAGAAUUGAAUACAUCUAAUAAUGGUUUGAAUAACCAAGAAGUUCUAUCGUCUGCAAACACUAAUGGUAAUUCAAAUGAACAACGGAAUGUAUUCAUUUCAAAUCAAACCUAUUGUAUUGGUGGUUUUCAAUGUUUAACUGCUAGUCGUUCAGAAAUGGAAGCUUAUGUUUUAGAAACUAGAAUCUCAGCUGUUCGUGUUUUGGCCAAUUUAUGUGGCCGUGUAUGCCAGUACAACCAAUUGAUUCCGGUUCAUUUAUUGCCGUGUAUCUCAGAAAUUACAGAAUCAUCAUCCACACAACCUUUUUCAUCAGUUAAUAAUGAUAGCUCGUCGAUUAGUGUUAUGAACUAUAUUCUUGGGCAGUUGUUAUGCCAGUUACACUUGAAAGAUCGUUUAGCUAUGCAACGUUUCAUUUCUGGUUUAUUACUCUCUGCUUGGGCAUUAUUAUCACCAUUUUCAUCCUCACCAAGUGAUACUACUUACAGUGUUGAUAGUAGCAUGACUGUAGCAAAUGAUCAUAUUUCUCUGGUGGAUCGGUGUGAACAACUACCAAAUUUUCAUAUGUUAACCUAUACAUGGGCUAAUUUAUUGAAUGAGUCUUCAAAACUCCCAUCGUCUUCUACGUCGUCAUCAGUUUUCUUACCGUCGUAUUUAGAUGCGCUGAAGACUAGUCUGUCAGGUCAUCUAUUUACUAACAUACAGACUGAUUUACAAGAUAUUACGAAGCGGCUACGCGGAAGGUUGGAGUCAUGUUUGACUGAGGUGAUUUACUACGAAGAAAUUCUUGCUCCUUUCAAAUUGAUGCAAGAAGAUUGUCGUGAAUUAAUUCGAUCGAUGAAAACUUGUGGUCUCACUGUUGAUUCACAAAUCCCAGUCAAUGGUGUCUUGACAAUUGCUCAUUGUAAAACAUUGCUACAAACGGUAGCCAGUACUAUUCAAAAACAGAAACAUCAAUUUCAGACGAUAGCAAAUUGUGGUCAUGAUCUUGAUAUUGAUUCAUUCAAAUUGGAUCGGUUGUGCUAUCAGUUCGAAAGAACGCGAACUACAGUCGAUCACUGUCUAACUUUGCAGUUAUAUUUGGGAAAUCGUGUCGAGUUAGGCAUAGCUUGUGCAUUUGCCAACCUGAACUGGAUUUUGCCUGGUCGUUUAAGUUUGCUUAUUCGUCCGUUGAUGGAUACUAUACGAUGUAUGAAACCGUGUGUGAAUCUCUCCUUUAGUACUGUUCAAUCAUCUAAUUCAAGUUCCAGUUAUGCUUGUUCUAACAGUAGUGUUCCAACUUCUGCUAGUGUCACAGCUGGAUCUCCUAACACAAUGUUAUCCAGUAUUACAAACAGUGGUGGUGGGAGUAAUAGUGGAAAUGCGUCUGUGGAUAUUCUACCUAUUGGCACAUGUAUAUAUCUUCAGCGUUUGGCCGCCUGUUGUUUAGCGCGUCUAUUAUGGCUAGAAUGGAAAAUGCUACUAGAUGCUAAGCUAACCUCACCAUCGUCAUUAUCGACAGCUAGUAAAGAUUUACAUGUGAAUACCUCUAAGGCUGCUGCCAAAGUCAUUAAAAAUCUAACUGCUUAUUUAAUUGACUCAGAUCCAGAUUUAUUACUGUCGUCAACGCAAACUUCUGAUUCUUCGACAUCAGAAAUAAAUCGUUAUUUACAUGAGGAUCAAUUGUUAGAUGAUGCUAAAAUGUCUUGUGGUGAUCAGACUAUUUCUGUUCGACUGGAUACGGAGAGUACAUCAUCAUCCCCGUCCUCUUAUGAAUCACAGUGUCAAUCAUCUCAAUAUCGUGGUGCUUAUAACACUCUAUCCUGUAUUUGUCAUGCAUUUAUUACAUUUUAUCAUUGUGAAGAAGUCAGCAAAGCCUGCCAAUUCUCCUCAUCGUUAUCAUCACAAACCGAAAUAAGCAAAAGUGAUUCAUUCGCUAAUUAUCCAUUAACACAUGCUUCAUUGAAUAGUGUUCGUUUUGGUUUACCAUCAUUGUGGAGUGUAUUCUGGGUGAAUCCAGUUGAAAUUAUUAUCAGUGCAUAUCGUCAACUUGAUAGUUUCAUAGAAAAUGGUAAAUCUAACAGAAACGAUCAAACAGAACUAGAUGAAAAUAACUACUCACUUUUAAAGAAAUUGAGUCAUGAAACUAAACUAAACAACUCCUCACUGAAUGCAAUCAACGUACCAAAAUCAAAGCAAGAUGAACUAGUCACUGGGUUAACUUUAUUGUCAGUAUGUUUGAACGUCAUUCUACCCUGUCUUGAUCCUGAUCGAAGGGUAGAAAAGAAAGAUGAUGUUCAUGUCUUCUACGAAAUAUCAUUCGAACAAAUUAUAUGGUUAGGUUCAUUAGUUGUUCGUUUGCCGUAUCCUGCAUGUCGUCGAAUUGGAGCACGUCUACUAGCUGAAUUGACCUUACUUCAACCUGUUCAUACAUUGAAUAUUCUGUUACCGUUAUUACUGUUAUCUAAUGAUAGCAGUUUUUUAAUCUCUGAUUCAUCUGCAAUCUGUAUCGGGGCAUUGGAGACAUUUUUAACUAUUGUGGAUAAAUUCACCAAUACGAACAAUAAAUCUACUUAUAUGCUUCGAAAUAUUCCACCAGCUAUCCUGAAUGAUCCACUUGUUGAACCAAAUUCAAAGUCAUCCUGUUUAUUAUCUGUGUAUAAGAAGUCUAUCGGUGCAUCAAGGUGUUCCGAUGAACAAUUGAUGAUGAAGAAUAAUACUGAAGUAAAACUGUCAGAAAAUCUUACUGAAAUUACAGUCGCAAGCAGUACUAUCGAUAAUAACCAUAGUGCAGUUGCAACGGAGUUAUCAUUAUCCAGUAAUCUGAAAUUGUUUCUUCCGUACCUUGUUCUUUUACUGACUCCAACCCUCAGAUUAAUAUCCAGUGCUAAUGAGGAGACACGUUCAGUUGCGGGUAAACUGUUUACAGCUUUAUUGAAUUUAUUACCCUUAGAGACUUCUCUUCCAAACCCUGAGAAAAUGAAGGAAGAAUUUAAACAGAUCCGUGUUGAACAUCGUGAAUUUAUUGACAGUUUACUACACCCUGAUCGUAUCCAACUGUAUAAUCUACCAAUCAAAAUUAAUGCAACACUACGUUCCUAUCAGCAGGAUGGUGUUAAUUGGUUAUGCUUCCUUAAUCGUUAUGGUUUAAAUGGAAUACUAUGUGAUGACUUAGGCUUGGGUAAAACACUUCAAACUAUCUGUAUACUAGCAGGUAGUCAUCAUGAGUUAAAACAGUCUCUACUACUAGACACUAGGCAUAAAACAGAUAAUGAGUUAACAACAGGGAAAAGUUCUAAAUCAAUGCCGAAGAAGUUAAAAAAGAUGAAAACUACUGAAGAAGAUGUAAAAUCCAAUGAGUCAAUGCGACGGACAGCUAUGUCUCACAAACAACUACCACUUUCAUUGGUUGUAUGCCCAUCUACAUUAUGUGGUCAUUGGUUUCACGAAAUACAACAAUAUGCACAGAUUGAAGAUUUGAAUCCACUUAUUUAUGCUGGUAGCCCGACAAUUCGACAAAGCCUUCAGUCAAAGUUUUAUCAACAUGAUAUAAUCAUUACGUCCUAUGAUUCAGUUCGCAGUGAUGUGGAGUUUUUCAAGUCGAUUGACUGGAAUUAUAUCAUUCUCGACGAAGGUCAUAUCAUUAAAAGCAGUAAAUCUAAGAUUACGCGCGCUGUGAAACAGUUGGUCGGUCAACAUCGUCUCAUCUUGACUGGUACACCGAUUCAGAACAGAGUUUCAGAAUUAUGGUCUCUGUUCGAUUUUCUUAUGCCAGAAUUCUUAGGUUCUGAACAAUACUUUUUAUCAAAGUUUGCACGUCCUGUAGCUGCUAGUCGAGAUGUGAAAGCAUCUAAAGCUGACCAACGAGCAGGUCACUUGGCCCUGGAAAAACUUCAUCGACUCGUUUUACCAUUCAUGCUGAGACGAUUAAAGGAAGAUGUUAUGCAAGAUUUACCACCAAAAAUAAUUCAAGAUUUUGCUUGUAAAAUGACUUCAGUUCAACGUAAACUUUACGAAACCUUUCAAAAGACGGAUGAAGGAAGACAGUUAAUGAAUAUAGUCUGCACUAGUGGUACCAAUAGCCAAGAUAUUAGCAGUAAUACCGGUAUUAAACAACAGUCAACCUAUAUUUCAAGUGUUGUAUCACAUGGAUUUCAAGCUGUACGAUAUUUUCAGGCUGUUUGUAACCAUCCGUGUCUAGUUCUGAAGUCUAAUCAUCCUUUACUUGAUGAAAUUAAAGGUGAACUAGGUAUCCAGUCAAUAGAGCAAUUGAGAUCAGUGCAUUUAAGUGGAAAGCUAUUGGCUUUGUGCCGUCUUUUAACUGAUUGUGGUUUUGGCAGUCCAAAUUCAGUGACUGGUGGCGAUGGUAACGGUUGUCUCCAUUCAUCAUCUGUUACAUCAUCAUCAUCAACUUCAUUUCAUGAUCUACAUUCCAGUCGAAGUCUACUCAAUCAGCACAGAGCUUUAAUAUUUUUUCAAACACGUGAAAUGUUACAACUAACUGGAGAUAUGCUUAGAGAAUUAUUUCCAUGGAUAACUGCUACACGGUUAGAUGGUACUGUACCCGUGAGCGAACGACAUAGUCGUGUAGUUAGAUUUAAUCAAGACCCAUCGAUUGAUGUUAUGUUGUUAACUACAGCUGUGGGUGGAUUAGGCUUAAAUUUAACUGGAGCAGAUACAGUGAUCUUUGUCGAACAUGAUUGGAAUCCCAGUAAAGAUCUUCAGGCUAUGGAUCGAGCUCAUCGUAUCGGACAAUUGCGUACUGUCAAUGUUUAUCGUCUAAUUACUGAAGAUAGUAUAGAGGAACAAAUUAUGAAUUUGCAAGCCUUUAAAUUGCAUUUAGCCAAUACAAUCUUAACCACAGACAAUAAAGCUCUGAGUGGAAUGGAUACAGAACACUUGUUUGAUCGACUGACCAAUAGCAGUAAUGAAGAACAGUCAAGGGAAGGACGUAUUGAUGACAGUGGACAGAGUGGAUUUGCUUUACUAGAUGAAAUUGAGACAUGCUAUGAAACUGAAUACAAUUUAGAUACGUUUAUUUCUCGAUUGAAGAUGAACUAA